AUGAUUGCAGGAGAGAGAGCGAAAGAGAGUAUCAGGGCAAAGUGUCUGCAGUACUUAGAUAGAGCUGAAAAACUUAAAGAGUACCUCAAGAAAGAUAAGAAGAAGAAACCAGUCAAAGAUGGAGAGUCAAAUUCCAAAAGCGAAGAUAAGAAAAGUGAUAGUGAUAGUGAUUCAGAUGAUCCAGAGAAAAAGAAACUUCAAGGAAAACUUGAAGGUGCUAUUGUUGUAGAAAAGCCCCAUGUCAAAUGGAGUGAUGUUGCUGGGUUAGAGGCAGCCAAAGAAGCCCUAAAAGAAGCUGUUAUUCUUCCUAUCAAAUUUCCUCAUCUGUUUACAGGCAAAAGGAUACCAUGGAAGGGGAUUCUACUUUUUGGACCACCUGGUACUGGUAAAUCUUACUUAGCGAAAGCAGUUGCUACUGAAGCAAAUAAUUCGACAUUUUUCUCCGUUUCAUCUUCUGACCUUGUUUCUAAGUGGCUUGGUGAGUCUGAAAAGUUAGUUAAAAACCUGUUUGAGCUAGCUCGGCAACACAAGCCCAGUAUCAUAUUUAUUGAUGAGGUUGACUCGCUCUGUUCAUCGCGUUCUGAUAACGAGUCUGAAUCCGCCCGACGUAUUAAGACCGAGUUCUUGGUCCAAAUGCAGGGUGUCGGCAACGAUAUGGAUGGAAUUUUAGUCCUCGGAGCAACAAAUAUCCCAUGGGUACUUGACGCGGCCAUUAGAAGACGUUUUGAGAAACGUAUUUACAUUGCCUUACCAGAAGAACAUGCUCGAUUAGACAUGUUUAAGUUACAUAUGGGAAAUACAACUCAUCAACUAACCGAGCAGGAUUUGAAAGUACUAGCUUCUAAAAGUGAAGGUUACUCAGGUGCAGAUAUAUGUAUUGUUGUCCGUGAUGCCUUGAUGCAGCCUGUACGUAAAGUACAAUCAGCUACACACUUUAAAAAGGUAACUGGGCCCAGUCCCACAGACCCCAGUGUUAUCUGCAAUGACCUUCUAACUCCGUGUUCUCCUGGUGAUCCAGGUGCUCUUGAAAUGACCUGGAUGGAAGUUCCAAGUGAUAAGUUGCAUGAGCCACCUGUUACUAUGCCUGAUAUGCUCCGGUCUCUGGCAAUAUCUAAGCCGACAGUUAACGACGACGAUAUGGUCAAACUCAGGAAGUUUAUGGAUGACUUUGGACAAGAAGGAUAA